UGUGCGAGUGAACAACCGUCCAAAUGGCUCAGCAGGGAGUUCUGAUGGACCAGGAUCAGUUCUGUUGUUCUGUCUGUCUGGAGCUACUGAAGGAGCCAGUCACCACUUCCUGUGGACAUAAUUACUGUAGAAUCUGUAUUGAGGACUGCUGGGAUCACAAUGUUCUGAGAGGGGUCUAUAGCUGUCCUCAGUGCAGAGAGACCUUCACUCCGAGGCCUAAUCUGAGGAAAAAUAACAUGUUGGCUGAGAUGGUGGACAAACUGAAGAAGACAGGACUUCAGGCUGCUCCCUCUCCUGCUCUGUGCUAUGCUGAACCUGGAGAUGUGGUGUGUGAUGUCUGCACUGGGAACAGAAAGCAGAAAGCCCUCAUGUCCUGUCUGGCGUGUCUGGCCUCUUACUGUGAGACUCACCUCCAACCUCACUAUGAAUCUCCUGCUUUCAAGAAGCACAAGCUGGUCAAAGCCACCGCACAACUACAGGAUAAGAUCUGCUCUCAUCAUGACAAACUGCUGGAGGUUUUCUGUCGUACCGAUCAGCAGUGUAUCUGUUAUCAGUGUACAAUGGAUGAACAUAAAGGCCAUGAUACAGUGUCAGCUGCAGCAGAGAGGACUGAGAAACAGGUAAGACCAGAACAUCUUGUUGGUGACUGUCUGAUAAACAAAGAAUUAAAGAUACAGUAGGUACUAAGAUUGUUUGAAUAUGAUAUCAUUCAAAUGAAAUGGAUCCACAGCAGGACAAAUAUGAACAUAAAUCCUGAGUAAAUAGAUAUGUUAACCCAGAUUCUUCAAAUGUAUCGCCAUUUUCUAAAGUCAAACACCGUUGUCAUUCAUAAUCAAUCACCAUUAUCAUUCAUCAUCAAACACCAUUAGCAUUCAUAAUCAAUCACCAUUAUCAUUCAUAAUCAAUCACCAGUAUCAUUCAUCAUCAAUCACCAUUACCAUUCAUAAUCAAUCACCAUUAUCGUUCAUAAUCGAUCACCAUUAUCAUGCACAAUCAAUCACCAUUAUCAUUCAUAAUCGAUCACCAUUAUCAUUCAUAAUCAAUCACCAGUAUCAUUCAUAAUCAAUCACCAUUAUCAUUCAUAAUCAAUCACCAUUAUCAUUCAUAAUCAAUCGCCAUUAUCAUUCAUAAUCAAUCACCAGUAUCAUUCAUAAUCAAAUACCAUUAUCAUUCAUAAUCAAUCACCAGUAUC